UUAAAUCGGUGAAGCUCAUUAAUAAUCGUCCUGGAUAUGAUAUGAAAUAUGUAGAGUCAUAUAUUUAUAAUUAUUAUGGUAUUAAUAAUUAUCAACGAUUCUUUGAUAAACUCUUUGAAACUGAAAGACAAUAUGAUACUUUAUCAGUUAUUCGACCACUCGAGAUAUUAAAGCAAUGGGCUAUUCGGGUCAGAGUUUCUUUAUAA